AUGAAAGACAAUAAAACCUUUCAUUUGAAUGAGACGUCUGUGACCUGGACUCAGGCUCAGAGCUACUGCAGACAGCAUCACACCGACCUGGCCAGUGGACUCGAUCAGAUAUACAGUGAAGAGUUUAAGAAGCUGCAGAAGUCUAAAGCCUCGUGGAUCGGCCUGUUCAGAGACAGCUGGAGGUGGUCAGAUGGGAGUAACUUCUCUUUCAGAUACUGGGACAUGGACUCAUUUAAUGAUGGACUAAACAACAGGAGAUGUGCUACGACUCUGUUAGAGAGAUCAGGAAGAUGGAGCUCUGCUGGAUGUGACCAAAGAAAGCCUUUCUUCUGCUAUGAUGAUAAACUGAUUCUGAUCAGAGAAAACAAAACCUGGGAGGAAGCCUUGAAUUACUGCAGACAGAAACACCAUGACCUGGUUUCAAUCAGCAACCCUAAAGAGCAGCGAUGGGUCCAGGAAAGAGCCAAAAACGCCUCGAGUCCUUUCGUCUGGCUGGGACUGCGCUACUCCUGCACUGCACGUUUGUGGCUUUGGGUCACUGAUUAUGUAGUGUGCUAUGAGAGGUGGGCUUCAGGGGGAAGGACUGAAGACUGUGACAUGUCUGCAGCCAUGACCACAGGAGGGCAGCACGAGUGGGUCAGUCCGAGGGAAAAUGAGACAUUUAAUUUUAUUUGUAUAAAACACUGAGGUUUAAACCUAAAGUCACUUCUUAGCUGCACAUGUAGAUUUUCUGGGGUGAACUCUGUGUUUCUGCUCAGUGUUUACAGUCUCUGGAUUUGAAAUGGGAGAAAAAUGACCAACAGACCUGCAGGUUAGAUAUUUGCAGAGAGCAGUCUGUGUUUCAUUUCCUCUCCUUUACCAGAGUCAGGAGCAUCUUGGUUUCUUCCAUCAUUGUUGCUGGAUUGGUUCAUUAUUAAA